GGCAGGAAUGCAGCACACAGGACUUGCUCUCGUGGCCUUGGCUGCCUGUGUGGCUCUUCAUCCCUCGGAAGCUAUACUUCCCAUUGCCUCCAGCUGCUGCACUGAGGUUUCACAUCAUAUUUCCAGAAGGCUUCUAGAAAGAGUGAAUACAUGUCGCCUUCAGAGAGCGGAUGGGGAUUGUGACUUGGCUGCUGUCAUCCUUCAUGUCAAGCGCAGAAGAAUCUGUGUCAGCCCUCACAAUCAUCUUAUUAAGCAGUGGAUGAAAGAACAAGCAGCCAAGAAAGAUGCUAAAGGCAACAUUUGCCAUAAGAAGAAACAUCACAGCAAGAGGGACAGUAAAGGGGCACAUCAGGAGAAGCAUGAAACACAUGGCCAUAAAACUCCUUAUUAGAGAGGGUACAGAUGAAGCUACACAGAGAGUCCUGGCUGAACUUGGCCAUGGUUGAUUAUAAAUGUAUCAGGUGAAUGUUCCUUUGUGCCAACGGAGAAAAACAAAGUAUGUUUUUAAGGGAACAAUUAUGCAUAUGCAAAUAUAGCCAAUAAUAUACUCAACUGAAAAUGAAAAUACUUAGCUUCAUAUAACAUUUAAGAGCAAAGCAUACAGAUCUAAUUUCUUCAACUUUUUAUCAUGAUGUUUUCCAAACCUACAGAGAAGUUGAAAAAGGGUACCAUAAACACUUGUAUGCCUUUACCUAGAUUAAGCCUUAUUAAUAUUCUGCCACAUUUUUCUCUCUUCUUCUUUUGUAUGUGUGUAUAUAAAACAUUAUAUGUAUAGAAUAUAGAAUUUUUUGUUAAGCUAUUUGAAAAUAAGUUACAAAUAUGAUAUUUCACUCCUAGAUUUUUUUUUAGUGUUACAACUUGGCAUCCCUGAAAAAUAAAAACAUUUUCUAU